UAAGGCUUAAGUCAAAUAAAAUUUAUGUUCUGUUCUGUAUAAACAAAUUAAAACUGAAAGUAAUUGGAAAAUAUUUUCCAUUUAUCAAAACUGUAUUAUUCUUUUGUAGAAUCUACAAUUUACUGAGAGUAGUCAACAUCCGAGAUAUCCCCCUCACGGCUGUUCAAAUAUGGAAAACAAAUACCAGGCAGGAUAUUCGACACUGAGUCUUCCCUCAAAUGGACCGAGCCACUUGCCCGCCGCAGAAAACAACCGACCGAUUUGUUUAAGCGUCUCACCUGUUCUACCAGGAACCGGAAAUGUUACACAUAACAUAACGCGCAUGCUCGGAAGUGAUAUGCAGACGCUCGGAAAUGAUUCAACCGAUCAAAGAACACAAGAAGGUCACAUGUUGCCAUACAGUACUUCUCACUUUAUGUCUUUUAGACAUAACGCUCUUCGGGAAUAUACUUCAUCAUGUGAUACAGAUGUAAACCAAGAAUAUUCGGAAUCUGACAGUUCUGCAAGUGACAUGUCCAUAUCAACAGAACGAUCAGUCUCUCCAUAUACAUCAAGCAGCGGCUCCCCUACACCGCAAAGUGUUGAAGUUUCACCAUUUAUCAGAUCGCCUCCAAAUGCCGACCUUUUAUCGGCGGAAAACGCAUCCUCAAGUGACGAUUCUUCAUGUAGCAGAGUGACGGAAUCUUCAGUACCAGAGCGCUUAAAUUCUUCGAGAGUUGCUGAAGUUAAGAUAAUUCCAGAAAAUAACAAAUCGCAUAGGAAAAAACGCUAGAACCAACUUCACUCAGGAACAAGUGAAGGCUCUGCUGAAAAUAUUCUACGAAACACCAUACCCUGACUCAGAAAUGAUGGAAAACAUCGGAAAAGAUUUAAAUAUUACCGAA